AUGGCCUCCAACGAGUCGACGGAUCAUCUUCCGUCAACCUCCGCAAAAGCUUCGAUUCGUGAAGAAUGGUCUCACAGCGACUAUAUCAAGCGCGAAUCCCGGCAGAUCUACAACAAACUUCACUCUAUCUCCGCCGACUCUUCCUUCGUUUGUCGCAUCCACACUCUCCACCCUUCAUUCCUUCUUAUCGCCAAUCUACGAUGUGGAGCAUGGUACACCGACCCUAGCAUUACCUCGGCGGUAUCUUACUUCAAGUCUACGGACGGACAUACGCAUCAAUGGAGUUUCAGUCUCAAACGAUCUAACCUCCAUCUUGUCCCUUCAAUACUAAAAGCGGGUGGAGCGGUAGUUGUUGACUCGACGAGAAGGGGCAAGAGUAUGCCUGAUGCACUGAGCAAGACGAUUCCAACUUGGUGUGCUGUGUUGAAUGAGGCUUCGAGGAAGAAGUAUGGGGUUCCAGAAAAGGAGAAAGCAGGGUUAGAGACGCCGAGGUGGAUGAUCCCGCCCAGCGAGCAUGAUCAGAUUCAGACCAGGAUCGAUGGCUUUGUGCAGGCAUUGCUGGAUUCUGAUCUUGAAGUGCCGAGACUAGAAACAGCAUUGAGGCCAGUCUUCGUGACACCGCAGUCCGAUCUUGAUGCGCUGUCAGAUUCUCUCCGAAAUGCAGAACAAGCAGGAGCUGUACCAAUUGUCCUCGCCUCUGCCUCGAGAUUCGUUGAUGACUCUGCCAACCUUGGAGCGAACGUAGCAGGUGAAGCAGGAAGAGAAGGAAUGAAGAUACGGGAGGGCUACGUGUAUGUCCAAGGCGCAGGAGAUGACCAUGAGAAUUGGGCACGUGGUUUGACACCAGACGUCUUUUGGAAGCAUCGAGAAGAGCUGUUGGCCUGCGACAAAUCUCAGCUGGAGGCAAGAGUGGACCGCCUUGUUGCGCAAGAGGCAGCUGAAAAUGGCAGUGGUGGACACUGGUUCACUCCGAACGCAUCACAGACCGACGUCGACAAGCAAAAAGAUCCGCUUGUUGGCGAUGUUGGCGACGUCAAGAUCAGCAACACUGGCGUCUUUGUUGGGUCUCGAUCUGCCGACUAUACCUUCACUGACGAAGAGCGACAACGAUACGGUCUGAUAUUACAUUUCGCGAGCCGUCCAAAAGCGGUAGCAGAGACAGCAUCGGAGCUGUCCGACAAGCUUUCCUCCCUCAACCUCUUAAACCCUCCUCCGUCGAGCGGCGGAAUAUACGCCCUGCACCUGUCAUCAAGCAAGAAAGACAUGUCCGCUAUCCGAACAGCUUUUCCUCCCGCCAUUGACAUCGCACACAAUAGCCUCACCAAGAAUGAGAAAGUGCUGAUCUGCUGUCAAACCGGCAAAGACCUCUCGGGCAGUCUCGUCGUUGCGAUUCUCACCUCUUGCUUCACGAACCAACGCACUCUCAUUCAGGACAAAGCUGAGCGGGAGAACCACCUGGAGGAGAUCAGCAAAGAUACGACCAGACGCAGACUUCAAUGGCUCGUAAGUGCCAAUCCACGAGCAUCACCUAGCCGAGCCUACCUCCUCCGCGUCAACGAGCUACUUCUCAGUCACCGUUUCCGACCGGAUCAAAAAGCAUAG